CUAUCUCUCUUUCUCUGGAACUGAUUGGUGCGUGCUGUUUUGCACUGUUUUGCGGGCACUCGCGGACGUGCGCGGACGUUCAUCGGUCUCUGUUAUAACGUGGUGUAAUCGUUGCUACGAGUUGAAAUAAUGAUUCCAUAUAGUUUGCAUUCGCAUAAUCGUUUUUGUUCAACAUCAGUCAUUUUGUUCGCGAUCCAGCGACGUGCGUGACGUGUAUCAGCGAAUCUAUUGAUGCGAGGACGAGUGUCCUCGCGGAUCAUCUAGUGCAAUACCACAAUGUCAGGUAGCAGCGAUUCCGAGGAGUUCUUCGACGCUGAGGACGAUUCGUUUCAUCGUGCGUCACGGAAAAUUAAAGUACGCGAGUGUACCAGCAGUGUCGAAGCUGAUAAAGUAUUAGAAACUUGCAAACAGGACGAUGACCAUGUUUUUGCAAAGCCUGCUAUACCUAAAUCAACUAUUGAUACAAAAAGUUGUACAUCUGCAGAUAGCGAGCAAAAUAAAGAUAAACUUAUUGAAGAUGGCGCAGAUUCAACUACAGAUAAAAUUGUUGGAAGGAAACGGUUUCGCGAACUUCGACAACGUAUGCAAACAGAAGACGACGAUAUUCCGAUUACUAAUUCACCUCCAGAUAGUCAGACAUCUUCCAUCGAGGGUGUUUACCCCACCCCUUCAAAAACAACCCAUCCAUUUAGAAUCAUAGAACACGACACUCUCAGUUUACAAAGUAUGACUUCUUUAGGACGAGUCGGUCGAAUUCUGGCAGGAGUCACAGAUAAUACUUCUGGUGUACUUAUACCUGCUAUAUCCCAGUGCCCUCCUUCUGCCGCCCUUACUCGUGAAAGUCAAAUAUCCUCUAUUGCUAGUAUUCCAAGCAAAGAUGAGGACGCAACCUCUGGUAAGGUGUCCCAAUCUUCCAGUGUCCAUACAUUAUCAGGGGAUAUCCUACAGGAAUCCUCUAUUAAUGGCCGAUCCAAUUAUGCUUCUCACUCGCAAAGUGACAAGACUGUUAUGCUUCAAGAACCUGAUGUCAUCGCGAGUACAAAGAAUAAUGGAAAACUGACAGAAGAUGUUGCGAUUUCUGGUGUACCCGUUGCUCCGCCACGUCGUAAAAAGAAAACAAAAGCUUAUACACCUACUGAUCUUGCUCCUUCUGCAGAAACGCUUGUGCCCGCAUCGCCGCUCCCAAGUCCAGCUAGUACUAUAGAAUCAAUUACUAGAGAAUUUGAGCACUCUCUUGAUAUCCGAUCUGCGACAAAAGGACAGUAUGUUGUUAAGCCGCAGGAUGAGGAUAAAUUGAAAGCAGAGGGGCCAUCUUCUGAGGAAUUGGAAAGGGUGGCAAGAAUGAAAGCAGAAUUGCUUAGUCGAGCAAGCGAAAAAUCUAAUAGUCCAUUAGGAUCAGUAUCGAGCAACAGUAUUGGCCGUUAUUCUUUGGGCCCGCACAGGUUAUCAAGUAUGAGUCCACAAAUUUCCAGAGAAAGGCGUAAAUCCGCUGGUGACCAAGAUAUGGUCAAGCAGUUGAAUAUGUUUGUGAGAACUAGGACAGAUUCCGGCAAGCGUCUUACCGAUAUGGAAAUUUUGGAACAAGUGCCUGUAACAAAUUUAGAUACAGGAGAACAGGUGCCAUUGAGUAUAGCAGAAGAUAAAUUACCGCAGUGUAUUAAUCCUUUAUCAUUACACAUUAUGAGACUCACUAAGUCUAAAUAUAUAAGCAAUUCUAGUCUUGAGAAAGAAAAAGAGAGUGAUGAGGAAAGCGUAGAUAGUAAAAUAUCUAGUAUACCUCCAGACGAAGAUGUGUCCGUAGAUAGAGUUCGUAAGCGGACGCAAAAGUUGAAACGAUUUUUAGGUUCCACUGUAAAAAAGACUAUGAAUAAAGCCAAAUCCAUCGCGCAAGAAGUAUCGCAUGCGCGACACAAAGAAGACGUUAUGGACAUAGUGGAUGAAGUUUAUCCUGGUGAACAACAAUACAUAAAGUUAAAGGCGUCAAAUAGCCACAAAGGUCCAUACGAAUUCAGUUGUCUGCAGCAUGUUCAAGAUCUUAGCGGAGAACAUGUAGGACCUGUCUGGUGCAUGAAGUUUUCCGCUUGCGGUCGACUGUUAGCCACUGCGGGACAAGAUCGGGUUUUGAGAAUUUGGGUUUUACGAGAUGCUUUCACAUAUUUUCAGGAUAUGCGAACAAAAUAUAAUGCGGAAAAGGUCAGUCCUACUCCUUCGCAGGAAUCGUUAGUUUCGCAGCAAUCUAUGGAAGAUCCUAACAUUGUGGCUAGUGCUUUCAGCGAGAUUGAAGGAACGAAAAGCCCGUUCAUGCCAAAGCCGUUUUGUACAUACACUGGUCAUACCUCGGAUCUACUUGAUGUUUCAUGGUCUAAAAACUAUUUUGUUUUAUCCUCAUCGAUGGAUAAGACUGUGCGACUUUGGCAUAUAUCUCGCAAGGAAUGCUUAUGCUGUUUUCAGCAUAUUGAUUUUGUCACUGCUAUAGUAUUCCAUCCACGGGACGAUCGAUACUUUCUCUCAGGAUCACUAGAUGGCAAAUUACGCUUGUGGAAUAUUCCAGAUAAAAAAGUCGCCGUAUGGAACGAAGUAGACGGACAAACGAAAUUAAUUACCGCGGCGAACUUUUGUCAAAACGGAAAAUUUGCAGUUGUAGGAUCAUAUGAUGGUAGAUGCAUAUUUUACAAUACGGAUCAAUUGAAAUAUCACACGCAAAUACACGUACGAUCGACAAGAGGUAAAAAUUCUACCGGUCGCAAGAUUAGUGGAAUCGAACCUAUGCCAGGAGAAGACAAAAUCUUAGUUACAUCGAACGAUAGUCGUAUUCGUUUAUACGAUUUGAGAGAUUUAAACUUAUCUUGCAAAUAUAAAGGAUAUGUUAAUGUUAGUAGUCAAAUUAAAGCAAGUUUUAGUCCAGAUGGACAAUACAUAGUUAGUGGUUCUGAAAAUCAAUGCAUUUAUAUUUGGAAAACUCAUCAUGAUUAUUCCAAGUUUUCCAGCGUUCGCAGAGAUCGUAAUGAUUUCUGGGAAGGUAUAAAGGCUCACAAUGCUGUAGUAACAUGUGCCGUAUUUGCGCCGAAUCCAGAUAGUAUUAUUAAGCAAAUUGAGGCGAGAGAACAAUGGGAGAGCAAAGAGGAAGCAAAAAGCAUAGAUAGUUCUAACAUAGGUGUCCCCGUUGAUCCUGUCGUUGAACAACGCACUAAAGGCUGUGGAGGGCAUGUUCUUGUGAGUGCCGAUUUCAAUGGAUGUAUCAAGGUUUUCUUAAAUAAGACAAAACCUAAGCAUAGUUCCCUACCGGCAUCUGCGCUUGCAUAAUAUAACAUUACAUGAAUUUACAAUAAACAAAAAAAUAACACGUAUAUGCUUAUGUCCGCGCGUGUAAAUAUUCUUUUUGCCUUUUGUAUGCAAAUUUCACCAUGCACUCAUUUGAAUUAGAGAACGCAAAAUUGUAUAAAAUAUUUUUUUUUUAAAGGCAUUCUUAUAUUAAAUACAAGUAUUAUUUUAGUAUUGUAUAUAUGUGUUUGUGCAUGAAAGUAAUAAUUUUAAAUAAUUAUAUAUAUAUAUAUAUAUAUAUAUAUAUAUAU